GGAAUAAAAUAUACAAACAAUUUCCCAAUCUCUAUCUACUUUUCUCAGUCACUCAGAUCCAUUCCUCUCCUCGCCGUCGAGAGCUCCUUCCCAGCUCUCGAUAACAAUCCGAGGAUUAUCAAUCGUAUUACGUUGUACGGAAAAUGGGUAUUCUUUCAUCAUUCAAUAGAGCCAGCCCCGGAAAAAUCGCGUGAAGGAUUUGUUCUAGAACUGAAAGAAUUUACUAACUGACAUGGAUACUGCCGCCCAAUUAAAGCGCGGGAUUUCGCGCCAAUUGUCAACAGGAUCGUUCAAGAAGAGCGGAAAAUUCAGUUUCCAGAGGCAGAUUUCAAUGGACCCUAAGCGGAAUAAUUUCCGGUUUAGCUUCGGUAGGCAAUCAUCCAUGGAUCCAAUUAGGAGAGGCCCAUUGGCAGAGGAUGAUGGAUUGACGGUUCCAGAGAAUUUGGAUUCCACGAUGCAGUUGCUGUCAAUGGCAUGCAAAGGUGACGUCAAGGGUGUGCAGGAUUUGCUUGAUGAAGGAAUUGAUGUCAAUAGCAUUGAUUUGGACGGGAGGACUGCUUUGCACAUUGCAGCCUGCGAGGGGCAUGUUGAGGUUGUCAAGCUUUUGUUGAGUAGGAGGGCGAAUAUUGAUGCCCACGAUCGAUGGGGCAGCACGGCUGCUGCUGAUGCAAAGUAUUAUGGAAAUGUUGAAGUUUACAAUAUUUUGAAGGCCCGAGGGGCUAAAGUUCCUAAAACCAGAAAGACGCCAAUGGUGGUUGCAAAUCCUCGUGAAGUUCCAGAAUAUGAGCUCAGUCCACUUGACAUUCAAAUCCGGAAAAGCGAUGGCAUCUCUAAGGGAUCAUAUCAAGUCGCUAAAUGGAAUGGCACAAAAGUUUCUGUUAAGAUACUUGACAAGGAAAGCUAUUCAGACCCUGAAAGCAUAAAUGCUUUCCAGCAUGAGUUGACUUUGUUAGAAAAGGUCCGACAUCCUAAUGUGGUUCAGUUUAUUGGUGCUGUCACCCAGAAAAUGCCUAUGAUGAUUGUUUUGGAGUAUCAUUCAAAGGGUGACCUAGGUAGCUAUCUUCAAAAGAAAGGACGGCUAUCUCCAUCUAAAGCAUUAAGAUUUGCUCUUGAAAUUGCCAGGGGCAUGAAUUAUCUUCAUGAAUGCAAACCAGACCCAGUUAUUCAUUGUGAUUUAAAGCCAAAAAAUAUUUUGCUGGAUUGUGGAGGGCAGUUGAAGGUUGCUGGAUUUGGUGUGCUUAGAUUAUCCAAAGUUUCAGAGGACAAAUUUAAACUGGAGCGUCCUGAAGCCAUAGAUCGUACAAGUUUGUAUGUGGCAACUGAGAUUUUUAAAGAUGAAAUAUUUGAUAGAAGUGUGGAUGUGUACUCUUUUGGUCUUUUACUUUAUGAGAUGGUGGAGGGCGUGCCACCAUUUUCAAAGUCUCCUGAAGAAAUUGCUAAGUUGAUGACCUUAGAUGAUAAGAGACUGGCCCUAAAGAUGAAAUCUAAAUCUUUCCCUCCUGAUUUAAAAAAGUUGAUCGAAGAAUGUUGCCAUCCGGAUUGUGUUGGACGUCCAACAUUUUCAGAGAUCAUUGUCCGUUUGGAAAAAGUUGUUGUGAAAUGCUCCAAACAUGGAUGGUGGAAAGAUGCUUUCAAGCUCCCUUGGAAAUGAAAGAUGCAGUCAAGAGAAGACAUGCAUGUUAACAACUUGUGAGUCAGAUCUUAAAGUAUACUGUGGUCUACCUGUGAAUAGAAUGAGAUUGGUUCUUAUAAGUGUGUACCUGUUGAAAAUUCACUUUUAUGCCUCGGACUUGUACUUUGGUAAUAUCAUAUGAUUGUGAAACAAGUGGGACAUUGUAAAAAAGCUCUCUCUCUCUCUCUCUCUCACAUUGUUACAUUUGUUAAUUUUAUAGUAGUAAUUUUUAUCUUUCUUUC